AUGCGGGAAGCGAUUACUACCCAGGAAAGGGUAUUAAUCGCGUUGCGUUAUAUGGCAACUGGCGAAACGUUUACAGGCCUGCAGUAUAUGUUUCGUACGCCGUGUUUGCGACAUGAAUGGCUCGAUAUUUCUGAGCAAUUUGAACGACGCUGGAACUUUCCACAUGCAAUUGGUGCCAUCGACGGCAAACAUGUCCGUAUUCGAAAACCCAAUCACGGCGGCUCUGAAUAUUUUAAUUACAAGGGUUUUAAUAGCAUUGUGUUAAUGGUUGUAGUUGAUGCUAACUACAAUUUCCUGUGUGCUGAUGCUGGAGGCAAAGGAGGCAUUUCUGACGGUGGAAUUUUUAAAAACACUCGAUUAUAUCAAAAAUUCGAGAACAAACAGUUGAAUAUUCCGGAGCCGAAGCCAUUGCGUGUGCCGUAUGCAAUAGACGUUCCGUAUUUUAUACUCGGCGAUCAGGCGUUUGCAUUUACGGAUUAUUGUAUCCGUCCAUUUCCUGGGACACAUGCAUCGGGCAGCAUUGAACGCGUGUUCAAUUAUCGUCAUUCUCGUGGCCGUACGGUUGCCGAAAAUGCUUUAGGCCACAUAUCCAAUCGGUUCUGGAUAUACCAAACCCCAAUUCAACUUCAACCAGAAAAAGCUACUGAAGUUGUACUAACUACAAUUUAUUUGCAUAAUUUUCUCUGCAAAAGAUCGUCAAGAACUUUGUAUGCUCCUGCAACGGCAUUUGAUAGAGUUGUUGACGGGAGGCUUGUGGCAGGUGAUUGGAGGAGUAAUGACACGUUGGCUCCUUUAGAGUAUUUUUCAUCCCGGCCUUCUAAUACACUGAGAGAUAUACGUAUUCACAUGGCCAAGGACUUCGUGAACAACAAUCGUUUAAGAUAA